AUGGCUCAAACACUUUCAGCCUCUCAAUCAUCUUCCAAUUGCAGCUCAGCUUCUGUUAAAGGUUGUAAAUGGGUCUAUCGUGUAAAGUUCAAUGCUGAUGGCACAAUCGCCAGGCAUAAAGCCAGACUAGUGGCCAAGGGCUAUACUCAACAAGAAGGGUUAGAUUUUUUUGAUACUUACUCUCCUGUUGCUAAAAUGACAACUGGCAAAUCAGAUUCUUCUCUCUUUAUCAAAACAACUCCCUCAGCUUUUAUAGCUUUACUCAUUUAUGUUGAUGAUGUUAUUAUUGCUUCUGAUAGUAUUGAUCAUAUUAAUGAAGUUAAGAAAUUUCUCCAUGAUUCUUUUACAAUCAAGGAUCUUGUUGAAUUAAAAUACAUCUUGGGUUUGGAAAUAGCCAGAUCAGCUAAAGGCAUUGCCAUAUCUCGGCGAAAAUAUGCCCUGGAUAUUCUCCAAGACAGUGGUUUCUCUGGCUGUAAACCAGCAAAUUUUCCCAUGGAUUCUACUCUGAAACUCAGCACUGCAGAUCUCUCUCCUUCCCUAGCUGAUCCUGCAUCAUUUCGAAGGCUUAUAGGUCGAUUUUUGUACUUAACUAUAACUCGGCCUGAUAUUGCUUUUUCUGUUCAAGCAUUAAGUCAGUUUAUGGCUAAUCCAAGUACACUUCAUCUUCGAGCUGCUGAAAGAGUUCUUAGAUACAUUAAAUCUACACCAGGUCAGGGUAUUUUUAUGUCUGCAAACUCAUCUCUUCAUCUCAAGGCAUACUCAGACAGUAAUUGGGGUGGAUGUUUGGAUACUCGCAGAAGUGUGACUGGUUUUACAGUUUCUCUUGGCGAUUCUCUUAUUUCCUGGAAAUCGAAGAAGCAACCUACUAUCAGUAGAUCAUCUGCUGAGUCUGAGUACAGAGCUUUAGCUACAACUACAUGUGAAAUUCAAUGGCUUCUUUAUCUGUUAGCUGAUUUGCAUAUUUCUCAUCCUCAAGCUGCUUUAUUAUACACAGACAGCAAACCAGCUUCUGAAAUUGCCUCUAAUCUUGUACAUCAUGAAAGGACUAAGCACAUUCAGCUGGAUUGCCACCUGGUUCGAGAAAAACUGCAAGCAGGCCUCAUCAAUAUAAUUCAUAUUCCUUCUAAGCACCAACUAACUGAUAUCUUAACCAAGCCUUUUGGUUCAAUCCAUUUUCAUCAUCUUAUUCACAAGAUGGGAAUGAUAAAUAUCCAUUCUCAUCUUGAGGGGGGGUGUUGGAGCUUACAAGAUGCCUUGGAGCAAGAUCAAGAACCAAAACAAAAUACAUAA